GAGAAUCAGGCCAGAGUACCUGGACAGGUCGCCAGUCCAUCACGGGACACACUCAAUUACAUGAUAUUGCAAAUGGACGUCUAUCAUAAGUGCAACGAAAAACAAAAGAAACUAUCCCAAGGGUCUAUGUGGGUCGUCUUUUUGUCCCUCUGUCAGAAUUAAACCUCAAAUACAAGUUAAAUACUUGUUUGAUUUUGAUUGUCUGUUCUUGGUGUGGCACGUGGGAAGGGAGCAGCCUGAUUUUAGGGAUGACGCCCACCCCUCCACAGUCCUUCUUUGGGGAUCAAAUUUUGGUACUUAUAAUAUUUGGAGUUGCAGCAAUCAUUAACUCUGUUCCAUUUUUACUGUUACAGGCCUGUGCUGGCAUCUACAUCUAAGGACACAGAUCGCUGGAAUAUGAUUAUGAAAGAGAGUAGAACAGAUUAUAAACUCAGAUGAAAAACAAAAGCUCCGAGUCAUUAAUAGAGUUACGUCAUGGCGCUGAGCGUGCGUCUCCACACAGCAUCGUCAUAAUCUCCAGCUUUGAAACGGAUUGCCAGUGGUCCCUGCUUCUCCCACAUGGGCCGCAACCAGGCAGCACCACGUGACUCUGGAUCUUUUGCCAGAGCGAGCUGCUCAUACCGCAUCAUGGCUGCGGAGGAUGCGGCCGCGCGGUACCGAGCCGGAGCUCUGCUCUCCCGCGGGGCUCCGCUCUCUACGUCCCGCCUGCUUCUCACCUCCGCCUGCAUAUGUGCGCUGCUUCCCUCCCCGACACUUUGUUUGCUCGGCUUCCGCCCGGAGGAGACCGGAGCGGAGCUGUCCGUGGAGGACGGGGUGCUGAAAGCCACCGAGGGAACCCGCUUCAUGCUGCGGGUUUACUACUCCACCUCCCCACAGAGGCUUAACCGCACCGCGGGGACUCGUGCCAACAACGCCGCGCCCUGGAUCGCAUUCAUCGAGGAGCCAAGUCCAGGGAGAGAGGGACAAGUUCACCCCAAGAGAAAUAUGUGCAUGGACAAGAACGCCAGGACGUCCGACAUCGAGGUUUUAGGUUCUUUUAAGUCUGCCUCGAGUCAGAACUCGGUUCUGGUAGAGCUGCUGGCCAAAGACCUGCGCAGGGGCGAAAAGAUCAAAUUCUACUCGAUGUGCGCCUUCGACGGAUCCAAAUGGGAACAUUACAGAACCCGGGAUUUCUGGGUGGCCGUGACAGAGCGCUCUGCCGUCCCGGAGCUGUGGCUGCAGGUGCUGGUCUCCGUCCUCCUUCUCGGCCUGUCAGCUCUGUUCAGCGGACUGAAUCUGAGCUUGUUGGCUCUUGACCCGGUGGAGCUGCAAGUCCUCCAGAACAGUGGCACUGACACGGAGCAGAACUACGCGCGGAAAAUCGAGUCUGUGCGUCGUCACGGUAACUACGUCCUGUGCACAUUACUGCUGGGGAACGCCAUCAUCAACGCCUCGCUGGCCGUGUGGAUGUGCCAGAUUCUGGGCAUGACCUGGCUCUCCACGGUCAUAUGCGCCUUCGGCAUCUUCUUCAUCGGGGAGAUCCUCCCGCACUCCGUGGCGUCGCGCCACGGUCUGGCUAUCGCUUCCAAAACCAUCUGGGUGACGCGGCUGCUGAUGGUGCUCUCCUUCCCCAUCUCGUACCCCAUCAGCAAGCUGCUGGAUCUCAUCCUCAACCAGGAGAUCUCCAACUUCUACACCAGAGAGAAACUCCUGGAAAUGCUGCGCGUCACCGACCCGUACCACGACCUGGUGAAGGAGGAGCUCAACAUCAUCCAAGGUGCGCUCGAGCUACGCACCAAAACCGUGGAGGAUGUCCUGACGCCGCUGACCGAUUGCUUCAUGCUGGCCUCGGACGUAGUUCUGGACUUUAACACUAUGUCUGAGAUCAUGCAGAGCGGGUACACCAGGAUACCGGUGUUUGAGAACGAGAGGUCCAAUAUUGUGGACAUCUUGUUCGUCAAGGACCUGGCCUUUGUGGACCCGGACGACUGCACCCCUCUGAAGACCAUAACCCAGUUCUACAAACACCCGCUGCACUGCGUCUUCAACGACACGAAACUGGAUGCGAUGCUGGAGGAGUUUAAGAAAGGAAAGUCCCACCUCGCCAUCGUGCAACGUGUAAACAACGAGGGUGAGGGCGAUCCCUUCUACGAGGUGAUGGGCAUCAUCACCCUGGAAGAUGUCAUUGAGGAGAUCAUCAAGUCGGAGAUCCUGGAUGAGACAGAUCUCUACACUGAUAAUCGCACAAAGCGACGAGUUUCUCACCACGAGCGGAAGCAGCAAGACUUCUCCAUCUUCAAACUGUCAGAAAAUGAGAUGAAAGUCAAAAUUUCUCCUCAGCUGCUCCUGGCAACGCAUCGCUUCCUCUCUACAGAGGUAGAGCCUUUCAAACCUGCUCACAUCUCAGAGAAGAUUCUGCUGAGGUUGAUCAAACAUCCCAGCGUAGUUCAGGAACUUAAGUUUGAUGAGAAGAACAAGCGAGCAUCACAGCACUUUCUGUUCCAACGCAACAAACCUGUGGACCACUUCAUCUUAGUACUGCAGGGUCGAGUUGAGGUGGAGUUUGGAAAGGAGGCCCUGAAGUUUGAGAAUGGAGCAUUUUCCUACUUUGGAGUACCUGCCAUCAUGCCAAGUGGUACGAAAACACAUCCAUACAGCUUUAAGUCAGUCCACAGAUCCCCCUCACGCAGCAGUGGUCUGGACCGUUCUGACUCAAUGCUGUAUGGGGGAAGUAUGGGUCAGCUGAAUGGAGGAGGCAACGUCUACCUGCCAGACUACUCUGUCAGACAACUCACACACCUUCAGAUCAUCAAGAUCACCCGGAGCCACUACCAGAACGCAUUAACCGCCACCAGGAUGGACAGCUCCCCUCAGACACCUGACGCCGAUACCCGUCUGACAGAGGGCAACACCCCCACCCCGGACCCCCCAGCCACAGACCACACCGCCACGCUCAUGCCUUCCGAGCACGCCACCGCCACCCUCAUGCCCCCACUCAGGGAGCCCGGCCGGCCCAGCUCGGCUCGGACCAGAGGACAGCAGUCGAGUGUCCCACACACCACCUCCCUGCUGAACGAGAAGAACCGCAUUGUCCGAAGUAAGUCUGAUGGUCAAAAGAGUCCCAGUGAUUCAGUGUUUCUCAGAAUGGAUGAGAUCCCAUACAUCCGAGAGGACAGAUCUGAGACAGAACAUGCUGACACGGCCUCUGUUCCCAUAGAAACGGACACGUCUCCUUUCAUCAGCAGCCUGUCCUUAAGCAGCUCGGAAGACACGCUGGGCAAGAAACUCCUGCUAAAACUCAGCCACAAGAAAAGGAAAAGAUCUCGUGAAGGAGACAAAACCCCGGAGGACCUGUCGGAGCAGCCCCUGGUGAAAACCUAGCAGGAUGCGUGUGAAAUGGACCUGAACAACUCAUCAUCCCACGGUGAUGUUAGUGGCUACUGAGCUACAGCUGAAAACACACUCCACACGCCCACACUGCUGGAGACGGGAAAGUGAUCCAUCACCAGGAACGUGCAGCUCACAUUGGUGGAGGGCACCACUUCAUCACAAAGGUGCAGGCACAGCUUCGGCUUUAUGCAUCAAACCGUAGCUUCUCCUCUUCACUUCUACAUGAUCUCCUGCUGAUACUCGCGUAUAAAACAACUGACAGUGAAUGUAAAAGAUUUGUAGCAGAAAUAUUAGUUUUUAUACAGGUGGAGCGAACUGAAUGUUGGUGCACAGGAAACAGAUGGAGGACACCAAAGAUGUUGUACUUCAAGUAUUGCUCCACACAGCUGAGGAAACAUCAGCAGAACAACACCAGUCACUUUCCUGAUAAAAUAAUUAAAACACACACACACACACAGAUUUUAACUUUAGAAAUGCAUUUUCUACAAAUUCACAUGAGCAUCAGUGACUUUGGAUGUUUGGAAAUACAGAUUCAAUAACAGAUGGACAACAGAUCAACAUCAACACAUCUUCACUGACUCUGCUGGAGAGAUGGGUUCUGUUCUUCCCUCUUCACUGUGCUAAUCCUGGUUUUCCCUUCAGGACCAGGACGGAGCCGCUGGCUCUGCUGGUUCAGGUUUGUCCUGCCCUUUGUCACAUGUCUGCGCUGCUGAAAUGUCCACAUGUUUCUGUGUGCGAAUCAGGAGUUUUUCCGGUCUGAUGAAGGUGGUAUGAUCUGAACUCCAGAGUGUGUUUCUCUGCUGGAUCUCAGUGUUGGUUUAGAAGUGAGCCACACACACAGGAAAGCAACUCACCAAGAAAUCUUUAUUUUCUAUUUUAGUUUUUAUUUGAACAUGUUUCAAACAUGUUGCUUCAGUUAAACAUGUUUAUUUACCAGGUCUUUUCAUGUCCACAUGUGCAUUUUAUAUCUUGAAAAAUAAAGAAAACACGUUAUUUACAUUAAUGAAACUGAGGCUCAGACACAGAUGUCCAGCAGCUUGGAUCUCCCUGUAUGAUGAAAAUCAGACUUUCAUGUUUAUUCUCUGAAUCUUUAAACAUCAUCAUCACUGAACCUUUAUAAUUAUGAAUGGAUCUCAUUAUUUCUGUGUAUUCUUCGCUGUAGGAGAAAUUAAAUCAAACUCCUUGCUCUUGUGACUUCAUCACCUUCAUCGUCUCACAGGAUCUUUUCUCUAUUGGAUUAAUAACUGAAAAUUACAAACCCCAUUUCAAGAGGAGCUGGAAAAUUUUCUAUAAUGCAACAAAAACUAAAACCUGUAACACACUGUAACACACACACACUCUGUGAAACUCGGAUAAAAUCACCAGCUUCCUGUUUAUUGAUUUUGAACUGAGGAUACUAAUUAUUUCCAUUUUCACAGCUGAGUUCAAGUCAGCUUCUUUGUACAGCACCCAUUCACAGCGGUCAUCCCAAGAUACUUUUACAGACAGUCCAAUUCAAGUCACUUGUUUACAAUCAAGACCUUCAAGUGAACGCCUUCAGUGGUGUUCAGAUCAGAUCGAUACUGACAACAUUGCUCACAGUUUUAAUAAUAUUAAUAUGACCUGUGCAUGAGCUUAGAUUUUUCCUGUUCUUUUAAAUUUUUUAUUUCAUAUAUUCUACUAACUUUGUAGGUACGUAGGUAGGGUAGGAUGUUUUUACCAAACUUUAUCUUUUUUCCUGAAACUCCUGAAUGCAACCCAAAUGUUGAGUCAUGUCACUUUUCCCUGUAAGCUGUCAUAACUUGACUUAUUUGUUUAUUACCAUGAGGAAAUAUAAUGUUGUGUGACUGAAGGCAAUGUUGAUCCAUUCGCAGCAGCUCAGAGGUCACAGCUGCUGAACUGAUUCAUUUACUCAGUUAUUCUCCUGAAACGAGCCAGAAUCAAUGAAUGUAGGUGUUUCCUGCUCUGUGUUUGCAUGGUGCUGAGGGGGCAGGAUGGAUGGGGUGGGGCUGAAUGUUGUACCACUGCAGCACUGAAGAGGAGGAUGGCGACGGAUGAAAGUGGAAAUCCUCUUAAAGGUCUUGAUUUUAUGUCUGAUAUAAAAUCUGUUGCCUUUAUAGUGAGUUUUUAGUGUUGGUCUCUCAACUGCACUUAGGAUCAGUUUUCUCUGGAUGCUGUAAACAUAUGAAGAGUUUUUAUGGCUUUCCCAUCUUUUUAUAAAGAAUAAGUUCUCUGGGAAACAGUUUAUAGCUAUUAUUGGAUGAAAUUCAUCAAAUGAAAGACAGUAUUGGCAGCGUAUGUUGACAAUUAAUCACAUGCAUGGAAAAGCUCACACUGAACGAGGUAAAAGGGGGGAGAGGCAUUCUGCUCAUUUCCUAAUGUAAUAGGGUGGUGAGGAAGAGCAGAAGCAUUCCUGCUGGGUGUACACGUCAGACCUGCUGAGUCACUUUGCUGCAUCAGAGCUGCAGCCAAUCAGCAGCUGUCCCUGUUUCUGUGGCGAUCCAGCGUAAUGCUGCAGCUGUAUUAUUGUCCACACAUCCUGCGUUGGACAGACCUGUGAGCAGAGAAAUACGGAGGCUGUUUUUGGAAAUAUGUGAUCUUAUUACUUGUAAAGUAAAAUACAACUAUGUGAUGGUAUUUUGUAUCAAAAUAUUACAAAAAUACAAAGUCCCAGGACAUGCUGAACUC